GUUCCAAAUUCCUUGUUUUUCUUCGACUUUCGUUUUCUUCAUCGAAAUGUAGAGGCUCCACUGUAUUUAGUAACCAGACAAUUUCCUUUCCAUUUUUUUAAAUUCAAACUUUUGAUUCUUUUCACUUUAGCCUUUUGCCUCUCUCUCUUCAAAUUAGGUGCCCAAUUAGAUUUAAUUAGGGUUUUGUCAAGCUGAAGACCCGACUUCCAGACUUCCUGCUCGGAUUUUUGUAGGUCUUCCUUCACAUUUUCUGUCGUUUUCUCGCACUUUCUCGGAUCCCUUUGAUUACGCAGCCGAUAAAUUAUGAGGAUUUGGUGCCCGGAAGAAUCGUCUAGGGCAAGGGCAUGUUCGUCUGGUGGGGUUAUAAUUUCAUCUGUCCAUAAAUUGUGACCUUUCGUGUGGAUUGGAUUGUUGGGUUUUGAGAAUGCAAAUUAUUUGAAUUGGUUUGUGAAAGCUCGAUUAGUGUUUACAGAAGUUGAGGGUCAAGGGUUUUGUAGAUAUGAUAAAAAAUAUAUUGGGUAAAAUACCUCGGAAACCAUCGAAAUCAUCGCAAAGCGAUGCGUAUAGUGACGGAGGGGCCAAUGGGAAUGGCCCCAAUCCAUCCCACAACUCAAAAUCGAGCUCUUCUUCGUCAAAGUCUUCGAAUUUGGGUUCAGGCAAUUCGCGUUCGAGCAAUGGGACUCUUGCCUCACACUCCUCGAGCGCAGUUAAAUCAAAUCACUCGAAGAAAUCAGCUCCCAUUGCAACCCAAGUAGGUCCUUUGUUUUCUUUGGGUGCAUAUGAGCCUCUGCCGAGUUUCAGGGACGUUCCAAGUUCAGAAAGGCAGAAUCAUUUUAUUAAGAAGUUGAACAUGUGUUGUGUUGUGUUUGAUUUUAAUGAUCCCUCAAAGAAUCUCAAGGAGAAGGAUGUCAAGCGGCAGACUUUACUUGAACUUGUUGAUUACAUUUCAUCAGUAACAUCAAAGUUCAAUGAGGUGGUAAUGCAAGAGAUUACGAAGAUGGUGGCGACCAAUCUGUUUCGUACACUUUCGUCUUCCAAUCUUGAUAACAAGGGUCCUGAUAUGUAUGACCAAGACGAGGAGGACCAGAUGUUGGAACCAGCUUGGCCUCAUCUUCAGGUUGUGUAUGAAUUUCUAUUAAGAUUUGUGGCUUCGCCAGAGACCGAUGCUAAGCUAGCUAAAAGAUAUAUUGACCACUCGUUUGUGUUGAAGUUGCUUGGUUUGUUUGACUCUGAGGACCAAAGAGAGAGGGAAUACUUAAAGACGAUCCUCCAUCGCAUUUAUGGGAAGUUCAUGGUGCAUCGACCAUUCAUUAGGAAAUCCAUCAACAACAUCUUCUUUUGGUUCAUUUUUGAGACCGAGAAGCACAAUGGGAUUGCGGAAUUGCUUGAAAUCUUAGGCAGCAUAAUCAAUGGUUUUGCUUUGCCUUUGAAGGAAGAGCACAAGCUGUUCCUUGUUCGUGCCUUGAUUCCUCUUCACAAGCCCAAGUGUGUAUCUAUGUACCAUCAGCAACUCUCAUAUUGCAUCAGUCAGUUUGUGGAGAAAGAUGCCAAGUUGGCGGAUACAGUGAUUCGAGGGCUGCUGAAGUAUUGGCCCAUAACUAAUAGUUCAAAGGAAGUUAUGUUCCUUGGUGAAUUAGAAGAAGUUUUGGAAGCUACCCAGCCAUCAGAAUUUCAGCGCUGCAUGGUCCCCUUGUUUCGUCAAAUUGGUCACUGUCUCAACAGCUCACAUUUUCAGGUAGCUGAACGUGCAUUGUUUUUGUGGAAUAACGAUCAUAUAAGAAAUUUGAUUACACAGAAUCGCCAAGUGAUUCUGCCAAUAAUCUUCCCAGCUCUGGAGAAAAACACACGAAGUCAUUGGAAUCAAGCUGUUCAGAGUUUGACAUUGAAUGUGAAAAAGAUAUUCUCAGAUGUUGAUCAAGAACUCUUCGAUGAGUGCUUGGUUGGCUUCCAAGAAGAUGAAUCCAAAGAGAAAGAAACACAGGAGAAACGUGAAUCAACGUGGAAACGCUUGGAAGAUGUGGCUGCUUCCAAGGCUUUGGGCAAUGAGGCUGUGCUUGUCUCAAGAUUUGCUUCCUCCGUUGCCAUUGCUACUAACCCAAAACCACGGGCAUCUUCAGGUAGUUGAGUUGAGACCCUCGCAACUCACAGAUUCUGUUUGCCUAAUCAGUCAUAAUCGGAGGAAAGUGAGUUGGGAUCCAACCUCACUUCUCUUUGGCUUGUUGUAACUCUAUGCUGAUAAACGCGAAGGCGGGGUAUUGUGGACUUCACAAUUGCUCCUAGUUCACUCUUUCCUUUUGUACCCUUCAGCCAGGGAGGUAUGUAAUAUAAAGGUUUGUUAUAGGGAUGUGUGCUUAUUACUUACUAGAAUUCAUGAUAAAAUUUGCUGUAUAAUGGUGAGAAAAGUUUACAUUUUUCUGGUUCUGUUUCAACCCAAGCAACGUUUUCUCUCGGAAAUUGGUUGUAAUCCUUAGUCCGGUGCAUUCCUAGAGCUGUAGGCUUGAUACUUCUUUCGUAAAUCUGUACUUUAUCAUGCCAGAAAUGGAAGAUUUUGUUGUUCAAUAAGAAAUUAUUCUAUGCCGGAUC